AUGAAAACGAGAUCGUGCAUGAUUGGAUCUAAUAAAGUAAUUUGGGGUCCUCCACAACACAUGCUGAUAUUCGAUUUCAAAUUUGAAACCAUCCCAGAUGGCCUCCCUUCCACAAACAACAUGGAUUCAACUCAAAGCAUUCCGGAUCUUUGUGACUCUACAAGUAAAAACUGUUUGGUACCAUUGUGUGACCUUAUAUCAAAACUUAAUGAUCCUCCAGUUACUUGCUUAAUCACUGAUGGUAUCAUGUCUUUCACUAUUCAAGCUUCUCAAAGAUUUGGGUUGCCUAAUGUUUUCUUUUGGGCUCAUAGUGCUUGUGGUUUCAUGGGCUUCAAAGAAUGCAGGAAUCUCAUGGAUAAAGGCAUAACACCACUUAAAGAUGCAAGUUAUCUAACAAAUGGUUAUUUAGACACCAUCAUAGACUGGAUCCCAGGCAUGGAGAAUAUUACAUUAAGAGACCUUCCCGGUAUCUAUCGUACAAUAGAACCGAAUAAUCCACUUAUAAACUUUGUGGCAGAACAAAUUGAAACAGCUUCAAAAGCUUCUGCUAUUAUUCUACCAACUUUUGACGCAUUAGAAUCUAAUGUGUUGAAUGAACUGUAUACAAUGUUUCCUAAACUCUACACAAUAGGCCCUCUUGAGUUAUUCCUAGAUAAAAUUUCAGAAAAUAAUGAAUUUGAAUCUAUCAAAUGUAAUUUGUGGAAAGAAGAAAGUGAGUGUCUCAAAUGGCUUGACUCACAAGAACCAGAUUCCGUUCUGUAUGUGAAUUUUGGUAGUGUUAUAGUCAUGAAGUAUAAUCAACUUGUUGAAUUAGCUUGGGGAAUUUUAAAUAGCAAGAAAAAAUUCUUGUGGGUGAUUAGGCCUGAUAUAAUUAAAGGUAAAGGUGAAAGUGAAAGGUUACUUGUGCCACAAGAAAUUGUGGAAGAAACAAAAGAUAGAGGACUUAUGGUAGGUUGGUGUCCACAAGAGAAGGUUCUAAAGCACAAAGCAGUGGGAGGAUUUUUGAGUCAUUGCGGAUGGAAUUCAACAAUUGAAAGUAUAUGCAAUGGCGUGCCUUUGAUUUGUUGUCCAUAUUUCAAUGAUCAAUUUAUCAAUUGCAAGUAUAUAUGUAGCGAAUGGAAAUUUGGAAUUGUGAUGGAUAGUGAGAAUGUAACAAGAGAUGAAGUUGAGAAGGUUGUGGUAGAGUUGUUAGAGGGUGAAAAGGGUAAGGAGAUGAAAAGAAAAGCAAUUGAGUGGAAGAAAAUGGCAGAAGAAGCAACUGAUUUUGAUGGUUCCUCUUGUUUGAAUUUGGAAAAAUUGGUAAAUGAAGUGUUGUUAUUCAAGAGUUAA